CGUGAGCGUCACACGUAGUCGUUGUUAUCGUCGUCAUCAGACGCAGCAGACAUCUUUCUGCACCCAACAGUCGAGACGCCGCUGUAGUACAACUACUCGCAAUGAAGUCCUCUACACUCGUUGUCAUCAUCAUCGCUGGCAUGGUGCUGACAGUGGCUGCCGAUUGCAAGCGUGGCUGGGAGAGCUUCCAGGGCAGCUGCUACAUCUUCAUUACAGAGGACCUCUCUUACUAUGAUGCUUUGACAAUCUGCAAUGCGGAGGGAUAUGACCUUCUUGAAGUCACAUCUGAGGCAGAAAACACGCACAUGAAGAACUUGGUUACAGCACGUAAGGUUGCCGCAGUGUGGCUAGGAAUGAACAACCUUUUCAACCAGGGUCAGUGGGUGUAUUCCAGCAAUGGGUCGCCCCUCACCUACACCAAGCUGACCAAACCCAAGACGCAACAGGAGCGCUGCAUGCAGCUUGCCGCAGACGGCACCUGGAGCAACGAAUUCUGUGGAAAGGCCAACUUCUUCAUCUGCGAAGUGCAGGAAUAGGGCCACCAUGGAGUGAUCUGAGUGGUCUACAGGCACAUUGUGUGUCGUUUCAGAUUGGAUCUUCCACGAAAAUGUACACAGAAAACAGUAUUAAUUAGAAAUACACGCGUUGUUGAUGUGAAUGUUUUGAAAUAAAUGUUUUAAAAUAAA